AUGCUUUUGCUUGAUUACCAGAAUGUUCUCAUUCAGAACCUCCUGACGGAGCGCUUCUCCGGAGGCGCGCCGGUUUCAAUUGACCAAGUUGUUUCUGACUUUGACGGGGUGACCUUCCACCUGUCGACGCCAGAGUCGAAAACCAAGAUCCUUAUCUCCAUCCACGUGAAAUGCUUCAAAGAGCUGGUUCAAUAUGGUGCCCAAGAGGUACUGGAAAGAGAAUAUGGUCCCUACAUCGUCACACCAGAGCCUGGCUAUGACUUUUCGGUACAGAUUGACUUGGAGAACCUGCCCGCAGAGCAGGACGCUCGGGACGAGCUCAUCAUGCGGCUUGCAUUGCUGAAGCGGAACGCCAUGGCUGCUCCGUUCGAAAGGGCAUUUGACGAAUUCGCGAAAUUGUCAGAGGAGGCAUCUAGAUAUACGUCGGAGUCCGCACCCCAAGGGGUCAAGGAAGGUGGGGAGUUGAUGGCAAUUCAUUACCGGGAGGAGGAAGCAAUCUACAUCAAGGCCAGUCAUGACCGGGUUACAGUGAUCUUUAGCACUGUUUUCCGCGAAGAGACGGAUCGUAUCUUUGGCAAAGUCUUCUUACAGGAGUUUGUCGACGCGAGAAGACGUGUGGUGACGUUGCAGAAUGCGCCCCAAGUGCUCUUCCGCAGCGACCCUCCGCUGGAGCUGCAGGGGGUCCCUGGUCUGCAGACAGCUGGGGACGGUAAAAUGAGUUAUGUCACUUUCGUCCUUUUCCCUCGACACCUGACUCCUCAGCGACGCUACGAAAAUAUCUCUCACAUCCAAACCUUCCGUGACUAUUUCCAUUACCACAUCAAGGCGUCCAAGGCAUAUAUCCACACUAGAAUGCGUAAGAGGACAGCAGACUUCCUGCAAGUUCUCAACAGAGCUCGACCUGAGAACGAGGAGCGGGAGCGAAAGACGGCCAGCGGUCGUACGUUCAGGGUUCAUGGAUAG